AUGUUAGCUUUGAUAUCUAGGAAGCUCUACAGGAAAUACGUUUCGUUACUCUCUAGUCCGGUUAAAUCCCGAAAACGUAGGGUGUGGUCAACUGUAGAAAAUUCUAGAUUUUGGGAAGAUGAAGUACCAAAGUUUAGUGAUAAAAAGUUCAAAACACGUUUCGGGUUGACAGAUAAACGCAUCGCUAUUGCCCUAUAUGCUUUCGGAUCGUCAGCGGAAUAUAGAACUAUUGGAAGUCUAUUCGGUGUAGGAAGAACAACUACGGGUGAACUGGUCAUUGAAAUCUGCAAUGCGGUUGUAGAUGUUGUGCAACACGAAGUGUUUGACGCAUACCCACCAACCUCGGAGAAGAUAUCAGAAAUAGUCGGUGGCUUCGAGAAACUGGGUUUUCCACAAUGCUACGAUGCCAUUGAUGGAUGCCAUAUAGAAGUCAAAGUACCAAAAAAUGAGGCAACCGACUACUAUAACUUCAAAGGAUGGCAUUCGGUUAUUCUGUUUGCUGCGGUGGAUCAUCGUUACCGGUUCACAUAUAUCAACGUAGGAGUUCCUGGCCGUUCAAAUGAUUCAACUAUUUUUGAGAACUCCAAACUCAAAAAAGUACACUGCACGAACGAGACAUUUAAAGCGCAUUCGAAACUAAUCGAAGGGGUUGUAGUACCGAUGCUGUUGAUCGGCGAUUCGGCUUUCAGACUGUCAAACCAGGUGAUGAAGCCAUUUCUAUUUUCUGUAGAUCAGCCGGAGCAUGAAAAGUUAUUUAAUUAUCAUCUAUCAGCAUGCCGACGGGUUGUAGAGAAUGCUUUCGGCCAUCUGAAGGCCCGUUUCAGAAGAAUCGGGAAAGGUUUGGAGGUCGACCGAAAUAAUGUCAAUACAAUUAUCAAAACUUGCUGCAUUCUACAUAACCUAUGUAACAACCACAAUGACCAUAUUAACAAAAAAUGGAUGAUCCAGAUUCAAACCUUAAAUUCGAAGCAACAACCACAAAGAGGAUUGAUAGUAAGAAACGAAAACGCAUCAGCAUCCAGGAUUAGAAACGCACUGAUGGUACAUUUCGGUUAAUAUCACAGGGAAACUGUCCCAUUA